CUGGGCUUUACCAAGGUAAAUAAGAAAAAUCCACAAGGAGCAUAUGCUGACGGGAUUCAUGCUAAACUCAAGUACCUUAGACUAGAAAGUAGAUCCUGUAUAUAAUCUCACCUCGUGUAUAUCCCGCAGUCGAGAAACGGACAGGCUGGCCGAGUCGAUUAGCUGGAUGCAUUGUGUGUCACUUCAGUUGGCAGAAAUUCGGGCUCUGAUAAUUAUGUCAUAUUGAGAGCGUGAAAGUGUUGUUGGCCAUGGCGGAGACUUUAAAUACAGAUGCUCUCGUCGCCCACCCGAUGCCAUUGGUAGCACUGCCUAUAUUUAGCAUUCAGCAUAUCUACCUUAAUUCUCUCAUUUUUCUCCCAACACCGCCUUGGUAUCAUUUUCUUUUCCAAUCAAACCCAAAUUUCUUAUCUGCCCAGCGCUAGGGGCAUCGUCUCGAGGUGUCGCGGCUUCGGAUCGAGCAUAGGCGGCCUGCAUUGCAAGAGCGCGCGCAUGCUAGAUAAAGGUCAGUUUCAUCCGAAAGGAUCACCAUUCUGUCAAAACGCACCUCCUUUUUGUGAUGUAAGCAUUCGUAAUAAUCUUCAAGGGCCAAGCCGCACUUUUUCUUUCCCGAGUCGUCCUCCGCGGUGGUAUUUACUACAUAGCAACCCAUCACCUCCUGCCAGAACGAAAAGCAUCGGCCGACGCCUAGUUGUUCUUGUUAGCAAAAUGUAUCCGUCUACAGUAUCUGUAGCAUAUAUUAUGUACUUACCACCGUGCAUACCGUAUCCAGAUGACAUAUUUACUGACAAACGCAAUCAAUUGGUUGUUAAAGGUCGCGCUUGCUCACAGUCCACGUUGUAGAAAUGGAAGAACGUUGAUUGGGUUUGGUGAUGUGAGUUUUGCCGUAGUUUUGCCGGGACCCACCACGUUAGCAGAGAGUACAUAUUGUUGUUAUGAUGACUGGCACGGAGACACUUGUACCAUCAGGCUGAUAACGAUAACGAUAAUAGCGACUCCUAAGACGUGUACCAUAACUUAGCUGUACACCUGUGAAGCAACUAACGCAGUGCUCCCUCGUGGCAGGCGCCUACAUCCAGCGAUAGCAAUGGAUUCACCUUUAUCGGCGGCCAAGAUUUUACUACUUGCUGUAAAUUUGGCGGCACAUUCAAACAUAGACAGCCUUAGCCUUCUAGCUCACCAGUAUUCGCAUGUUCUCACGGAGCGACUUCUCCUUCGAAUCUUACUUUCAUAUCUUCCCGAGACGAUCAACCCUACUGAAUACAUACCACUUCUGCAAUACAUUAGCAUCGACAAAAGAAUCGAUUUUGUAUCUCUAGAACAAGGCGGCAUUGAUUAUACAUCGAUUGAACAGUUGACGGACGAGGGAGCAGAGAAGAAAGUUAGGAAGUUACAUCUACGGCAACUCCAUAAUAUCGACAGCAGUACACCAAAGGAUGAUGACGAUAUUAUAAGCUUCUUGAAACAAAGGGUCUACAGAAUCGACUCGCAGACCAGCCUAUUAUCAUUCAUACCGACUUUACUGGCUCCUUUCGUGAAUCGAAGCGAUUCCUUUUGUCUUUGGGUAAUAUCAACUGUUGAGCCGUUCGUCAAACGCUAUUCCACAUACUACACCAAUGAUCCCGAUCGGAUCCUUCUCGAGGACUUUGAAAAGCUCUCUGAUGGAGCUGCCCUUACGACACUACUUGGCAAAACCGCCCAUACAGAACAUCCCUCCGACGCGUGCCGUGACGUAUACAACCUUGUCCUACCUUGGAUUAGCAACAAGGAACGCUGGACAGGCCUUGGUGGCUCUAGUACCAGUAACGAAGCAGUCAACUGUGUAGCAUGGCGGCAUUUUCUUGAACUCAUGUUAACAUGGAACUUGCACUCCUGGUCUACCACGGUCAAUCUAGUUGAACACUGGAACGGAUCCCGGUCUGUCAAACUAUCCAAUAUAUCGUCUUCAUCUCUAGACGAAGCACAGUAUAAUUUCUUGGAUAAUGCAUGGGAUCAGGCCAUCAUCACUUGCGUUUACAAUAUGUCCAACACUGGCACCGAAGCAAUACAUCAAGCGUAUGGAAUAUGCACUAAAAUGUUGGAAUCGCGGGCCAUCUCGCCACCUUCCGAAUUAGAAUUAUAUUUAUCGUCCAGCGAAACACUAGCACCUGCAGAUAUCGGGUUUUUGACGGACACAAAACUGAGUUCUUUCCUCCGAAACCACUCUCUGGAUGCGAAAAACAUUUUGACGACUCCAACAUCGCAAUCACUAUCAUUUCUUUCGAAUCUUAUUGGAAGCACUUAUAUAUGCAAUAGAUUUGGCCUGGGUCUAACCGUACGUCAGGUGGCUGACUUGGUCCUUUCGCAAGAUCUGAGGGAGCAAAAAGCAUUGUUAUCAAAACUUAUCCGAGGGCUAUGCAGCCAACCUCUUCAUGAUGACGACUCUGGCUGGUUACAAGCCAGGACAUCUUUUCUUUGGCUACGCCACUGGAAUAUCAACAAGAAAAUUGACGUAAAGGGUCAUGGUCUGCUUGGCGCUGUUGGGGUUCUUGAAAUCGAAAGCGAGAUUUUGAAAUCUCUCUUGGAAAAGUCUAAGUAUUCGAUUGCCCGCUCAAUCUACGAAACAAGUUCAACCAGCCCCCUUCCACAAGACACUGUUUGUGGUAUUUUACACAGCACAGCCUUAAACGCCUUCGACAAUGCGUCUAAUCCCAACAGAACAAGAGGCGGCCUAAAGAAGUGUGAUGAGAUCAUUCACUCCUUACCCAAUACCCUACCCAGCGGCAUGCAAUUCAGCAAAGAGAUUGAGGCUCUUUUACGAGCCACGCAUGCAUUGAGUGAUUAUCGCCUAGUUUUGAAACAAGGCGAACCAUUCAGCCCUGUUGUCUUGCGUGUACAUUCUGAUCCUGUCAGCAUCAUUUCCAGGGCCCUUGAACAAAACCCCAAGGCGUACACUCGAUUACAGGAGUUCAUUGAAAUCGGAGCCAAUUUGGUGCAAGCUGGAUUAGUAGGAGAUCGACGAAAUCCAGAGACUUUCGAUGAACAGGUGAUACUGAUGAGUUCUACGCUAGUAGAAAAGCGCAUUGUUAGCAUGUGCAUCGAGGCGGCACUAAGAGAGGACGACUUCGAGACCGCGUAUUCAUACGUCGUCAGCAAGCUUUCCAGUCCCUCUGAUAAUGAUAAACUGGCCCAAAAUGAAUGGGUAUGGACUGCCGCCUUCAAGGCCGGUCAGUAUGUUCGAACCGAAAGAUCACAGCGUCCGACACACCUCGGAACGGCAAGCGGCAAUCCUACUAUUCGACACUUCCAGCAGCGAAUCGAAUGUUUAGCGACCGCUCUGAGAGUUGCCCCGCCUGCCGAGCUUCAGAAUAUCCUGAACUUGUUUCGGCGUUGCGAAGAGCAGCUCGAUUCCGCUAUCAAAGAAGAGGCUGCGAAUGAGGCGGCAUGGGAUACGACCACGGAAUUGAACCCCAUCCCAGGUACUUUUGAUGCUCCCAAGGACAUCAACAAAAUAUCAAGGAAUUUAACAGCAGCUGCUACAGCACGACAAGGGGACGACGCCCCUGUAUCUCUCUUCGAUCUUUCCCGGGCUACGGCUCGUAUUGCACAGCGCAAUUUUUCAGCCCUAUCAAGAAGUAAUGAUUCAACACAGGCGGUAGAUGUGGAUGAGUCGGAAGAUAUGUCUAAGCAACGAGUUAGAAGACGAGACCAGCUUCGGGAAGCCGCUACUGGAACGCUGGUGUCUGGUGUUGGAUGGCUAAUUGGGGCCAAUCCUGCUCGUGAUGAAACGCAGGAUUGA